AUGAGGCGCCAGGGAUUCCUGCUGAGCAACCAGUGCCUGGAGCUUCUGACUUACAGGCUCCGACCCACUGUAGCUUUAGGUACUCGGGGCAACCUUUUUCGGCUUCACGACUCUGUUUCUCGCCACGGCACUACCAUUUCUAUCUGGCCUGGUUGCCAUCAAGUUCCGCUCAAACAACCACUGCGUAACCUAUUCGAUACCAUGAUGAAUUGCUCAAGGCUCGCCUUCAGGCGAGGUGCCUCUCCAUCUCUCCGCGCCACGGCGCAACGCCAAUCUGCGCCAUACUCGAAUGCACGAUUCACGCAGCCACCCCGUCGCCGUGGUGGCAAGCUGCUCGGCUUUGCCGCCGUCUUUGGAAUCGCGGCCGCUGGCGCGUACUACUAUCCACGCUUCAUGGCAGCAGACGGCGCCGACGAGAACGCGCGACCAAAGGCCCAGCUGGAAUUCGAACAGCCCCGCCAGAAGGCGACGUCUACGGAGGACUAUCGCGACCUCCUCAGCUCUCAGCACGUUCAGGUCAAGAAGAGCCUCGAGCAUCCUGGCGUCUACGCCUGGGGCUCCAAUGCCGGCAAAGUCAUCGACCCCGAAUCGGACGAAAAGUACAUCAAGCUUCCCCGACGCAUCACAUACUUUGAUGACCAGCUGCUUCGCGACUUGAAGCUCACAUUCGAGUUUGGCGCCGCCAUCACGGAGGGUGGCGACUUGGUCCAGUGGGGUAUUGGCUUCUCGCAGGCCGACCCCAAGCCCAGCCUCACUCUUCGUGGCAAGGACCUAGCCAAGAUUGAAGUUUCGGCCGACCGCAUCAUCGCUCUGUCGCGGAGUGGCAAUGUAUACUCUGUGCCAGCAUCUCGAAACGACGUCGAAGGCGGUCUCAAGCCGGACGAGAAGAACGGCUGGUCACUCUGGAGUGCUCCUGGGAAAGCGGCGGUCAACUUCCGAGAUCUCACUCCCGCUGGCUUAGCCUGGGGUGAGCGGGUCACUGAUGUUAGAAGUGGCCUUGAGCACGCCCUCAUCCUGACAUCCAAGGGUCGCGUUUUUGCCGCAGCUUCCUCCGUAGCCUCCUAUCCAUCCAAGGGUCAGAUGGGAAUCCCGGGGCUGUCCUGGGAGACUCGCCCUGCUGGACCGUACGACCAGCCACAAGAAAUCCAGGCGCUUUCUGGAUUCCAGGUUACGCAAAUCGCCGCCGGAGACCACCACUCCGCAGUUCUUGACAAGACGGGUCGCAUCUUUGCCUUUGGUGACAACACCUUUGGCCAGCUGGGCUUUGAGUCCCAAGGGGUGCCUGUCAACUACACUCCUGGCAUGGUCGCCGUCGACCGACUAUAUGCCAAGAGCGGCCUGGUGCCCAAAGCGACCUCUAUCGCCGCCGGAGGCGUCAACACCUACUUCACUGUCGACGCUGAAGCGCCAAAGUCGCAAAGUGGCGGCGAUGCCGCCCCGUCCAAGAGAAUGCCACGCACCACGUCCGAUCUCUGGGCCGCCGGUCAAGGCACCUACGGCACGCUGGGUACUGGAAGAUGGACCCAUGUUUCCACUGCUCCGACCAAGGUCAAGGGCCUGUCCGGCCUGUUCGAGUUUGACGAAAGCAAGAACCAGAUGCGCCCUAUCAGACUCAAGGCGCUGCAGAUUGGCACCACCCACUGCUCCGCCGUGAUGGACAACGAGACAAGGACCAGUGCCUCUAGCAAGUCGUCCGUCAACGAGACAAACUGGGGCUCCGAUGUUUUGUUCUGGGGUGGCAACGAACACUACCAGCUAGGCACUGGAAAGCGCACGAACCUGAAUGCGCCGACAUACAUUGGCCCUCUGGACGGUGGCGAUGCCGACGCCGACAAGGGCAGAAAGGGCGAGGUGCACCGCCUGUGUCUCACGCCGAAGCAGACGGCGCGGUUAGGGGAGGAUGGCAAGGGCAGGAAGGCGACGCUCGAGCAAAAGGUUGAGUGUGGCCGUUAUGUAACGGGCGUGUAUUCGGCUGUCUAA